ACAGGCACGCACAUACACCCGUCCGCCUCCGCCUUGGCAAGAGAGGCCGAAGCGCGCGGCGCCCUUCCAGGCCUGUACGAGGCGGGGUGGAAACCGUUGCGCGGCGAUCCAAGGCGGCUCCGGGCUUGAGCCGGAGCCGGGAGGCUCUGCGCCAUGGAGGCGCUGCUGCUGGGCACGGGGUUGUUGCUGGGUGCCUACGUACUCAUCUACUACAACCUGGUGAAGGCCCCGCAGUGCGGCGGCAUUGGCAGCCUGCGGGGCCGUACGGCUGUAGUCACGGGCGCCAACAGCGGCAUAGGCAAGAUGACAGCACUGGAGCUGGCGCGCCGGGGAGCGCGGGUGGUGUUGGCCUGCCGCAGCCGGGAACGUGGGGAGGCUGCCGCCUUUGACCUUCGCCAGGACAGUGGGAACAAUGAGGUGAUCUUCAUGGCCUUGGACUUGGCCAGCUUGGCAUCUGUGCGGGCCUUUGCUGCUGCCUUCCUGAGCUCAGAACCUCGGCUGGACAUCCUCAUCCACAAUGCCGGGAUCAGUUCCUGUGGCCGGACCCGAGAGGCCUUUAACCUUCUGCUUCGGGUAAACCACGUGGGCCCCUUCCUGCUGACACAUCUGCUGCUGCCCCGCCUGAAGACAUGCACCCCCAGCCGUGUGGUUGUGGUAUCUUCAGCUGCCCAUCGACGUGGGCGCCUCGACUUCACUCGCCUAGACCGACCGGUGGUGGGCUGGCAGCAGGAGCUGCGGGCAUAUGCUGACAGCAAGCUGGCCAAUGUGUUGUUUAUCCGAGAGCUCGCCACCCGGCUGGAGGGCACUGGUGUCACCUGCUAUGCAGCCCACCCAGGACCUGUGAACUCGGAGCUGUUCCUGCGCCAUGUUCCUGGAUGGCUGCGCCCACUAUUGUGCCCACUGGCUUGGCUGGUGCUCCGAACACCCAAAGGGGGUGCCCAGACACCGCUGUACUGUGCACUACAAGAGAGCAUUGAGCCCUUCAGUGGGAGAUAUUUUGCCAACUGCCAUGUGGAAGAAGUGCCCCCAGCUGCCCGAGAUGACCGAGUAGCCCACCGGCUAUGGGAGGCCAGCAUGAAGCUAGCAGGCCUUGGGGCUGAGGAAGAAGAUGAGCCUGAUGAAGAACCCCAUCUAGAAGACCUAAGGACCCUGUCUGCACUGAGCACUCCUAACCCCAAGGAGCUCACAGUUUCUGAACCCUCAUCCCCUGGCCCUCAGAGAUCACCAGACUUUUCUAAGGUGACCCGUCGAAUUCAAGUGAAAGCUGAGCCUGAGCCCCAAGUCUCCUAACCCCCAGGCCAGGAUGCUUUUUGUGGCACUCCUUGACCCCUAGAAAUCACAGCUCUGUAUCAGGCCAUGCCAUAGGCACUGAAGGCUUUGCCAUGUUUACCUCUAUGGUUACUUUCUGGGGGCUCUGGGUGUGUCCUAGAAGGAAAUAUUUCUGAGAGGGACAGAUACUUCUGAUUCAGGAGUGGAGAGUAACUUGCUUCUGGGGAAUUUGAAUUUCAGCUUUUCAGGCCCAACCCUGGGCGAUUCAGAUUAGAUCUGGGGCAGAGCCAAGGGAUUUUGUGAUUUGAUGCACUGCCAACACUGAGAAGGUCUGAACUGAGCCCUCUGCAACAAUCUUAGAUAGUUGCCCCAUUUUGGCCGGGCAUGGUGGUGCCCGCCUCUGAUCCCAUCAGCUUAUAGAAGCUGAAGCAGAAGGAUCGCCGAGUUUGAAGUCAUCCUGAGCUAUGCAGGGAGACCUUGGCUCCAAAAAAGUUACCCCAGUUUUACAGAGCUGGGAUAAGGUCUGCAGGAAAAGUCUUGCCCAAGGACUAAAUCAAUAAAACCGGGACUGCAAUUUGAGCCCUGAGUCUAUCACCAGGACUCACUGCUGUAAGGUGGGCGUCCCGAGGUGGGGCGGGACAGUGGUUUCCGAGGUGUCCCAAGGAAGUAGGGAGGUGCUCUCCCUGGUGCCUUUAGGGUGGAGUCCCCUGUAAUAAAUUGGGUUGACACUUA